AUGGCUUCUACUACAAACGAGCCCCUUGAUAAAUCCGAGAACCCGAUGGGUCUUAAAAGUACCACAGAUGUUAAUAGCGAUCGCACCAGGCCUCCCGCGCCUCAAGAAAAUGUGCCCGAGACUCCUGAUAUGAGUAAAGGUAAACUUACUCUUAUACUAGCUGCACUGUGUCUCUCAGUCUUUCUCGCAGCCAUCGACGCGGUUCUUAUAACUCCGGCUUUGCCUACAAUUGUGAAGGAUUUAGGCGCAUCAGACUCAGGUUACUCCUGGAUUGGAUCUUACUAUCUUCUUGCCCUGGCAGCUUCGUCGCCAGUCUGGAGUAAAGUGAGCGACAUAUUCGGUCGAAAAUCUAUCCUACUUAUUGCCAAUUUCAUAUUCCUUGUUGGCAGUCUGAUCGCCGCAUUAUCGCACAGUGUAGGCAUGCUCAUAGCUGCACGUGCUGUGCAGGGGCUCGGUGGAGGUGGCAUCAUAACUCUCGUUGAGAUUUCUGUAGGAGAUAUGUUCAGUCAAAGACAACGAGGACUUUUCUAUGGUAUAUAUGGAGCUGUUUGGGCAUUUGCAACUGCAAUUGGACCUAUCAUUGGUGGUGCAUUUACCGAAUAUGUAUCAUGGAGAUGGUGCUUUUGGUUCAAUUUGCCAUUUGAUGCACUAUCCCUUAUUAUUACAUUUCUCUUUCUCCAUAUCCACAAUCCGAAGACUCCUCUUGUCGCGGGUCUCAAGGCUAUUGAUUGGAUUGGAUCGAUACUCAUCGUUGGAGCAACUCUCAUGUUCCUGUUAGGCUUGGACUUCGGAGGCGUGACUCAUCCCUGGAAGUCUGCAGUUGUCAUCUGCCUCAUCGUCUUCGGACUUGUGACUUAUGCGGUUUUCGGGAUAUGCGAACGCUUUGCCAAAUAUCCAAUUAUUCCUCGCCGUGUCUUCGGAAACGUGUCACUUAUCUCCACAUUUGCCGUUGUUUUCUGUCAUGGCGCUUGCUUUAUCGCACCUGUCUUCUUCCUUCCGCUAUACUUUCAAAGUGUCCUUGGAGCUACACCAAUUCUUUCCGGUGUCUGGCUACUCCCUCUCGCCGUUUCAUUCACGGCCUCUGGAAUCAUCAUGGGUAUUCUAAUUCAACGCACCGGACAAUGUCUGUGGAUUAUUCGGGGAACAAUGGCACUUCUGACUCUGGCGCUUGGCAUCAUGAUUACAUUCGGCCCUACUCGCAGUUGGGGCAAAAUCGUCGUCUUUCAAAUCCUGCUUGCGUGGGGAAUUGGCGCUAAUAUGCAAACUCUUGUGAUUUGCGUGCAAGCUCUCGUCGCGCCGGAGGAUAUCGGGGUAGCAACCGGUACUUUGAAUUUUAUCCGAAAUCUUGCUACCGCGAACAGUGUUGUACUUGGUCAGGUGGUCUUUCAGGGCAUUCUCAAACACCACAAGGGAAAAUUUCUCGCAGUUGGUAUACCCGAGGACAGUGUGUCAGAGCUUCUGAAUGGCGGCGCUAUCGGUGGUUCUAAUAUUGCAAGUACUUUUACCUCAGCACAGAGUUCCGUCUACAGAAGUGUAGUUGCAGAUGCUCUUUCCAAAAUGUGGAUUUUGUAUACUUGUAUCUGUUUUCUUGGCUUAGUUAUCUCAUUUGGAAUUCAAAAGAAAGAGCUCAUGACUGUUCAUGAGACGACUAAGACGGGGUUGGAGGCGGAGGAAGAGAAGAGACGGAAAAACUUGGAGGGUAAACCAAAAGAAGAACCUUGA